AUGGAGACCCUCGCGCGCGCGGCGACGUUCGCGCGCGGCGUCCCGGCGGCGCGGACGCCGGCGUCGAGUCGCGCGCGCCGCGCGCCGGUCCCGGCGCGACGCGCGCGCGCGACGCGCCGUCGCGGAGCGUCCGCGACGGCGGUCGCGCUCGACGACGACGCCGUCGCGUCGCCGCCGCCGCCGCCGUCGUCGUCGUCCGCGCCGACCGCGCUCGACGCGAAAGCCCUCGGCAUCGAGCGCGGGCAGACGCUCCCGCCCGUCCCUCCCGAGCGCGUGCACUGGGUCUGCGACGUCGCCGGCGUCGAGGCGAUGCGCGCGGCGGUGCUCUCGGACGAACGGAAUCCGACGACGGCGGAGGGGCACCCGCCCGUCGUCGGCCUCGACGGCGAGUGGAAGCCCGGCUCGAGGACGCCGGUGUCCAUCUUACAAGUCGCGACGCGCGCGGACGCGUUCGUCGUCGACCUGUUCGCGACCGCGCCCCCGGACGCGCCCGCGAGCGACGCCCUCGACGCGUUCCUCGCGGACCUCCUCGGCUCCGAGAGAAUCUACAAGCUCGGGUUCUCGUUCGGGUACGACCUCUCGCGCAUGCGCGCGUCGUACCCGCACCUCCGAAGCCUGCGCGUGGGCGCGGGGCAUCCCCAACCGCGAGCGAUGAUCGACGUGAAGCAGGUGGCGAACGUCGCGAGCGCGAACCGGAUGAACACGCGCGUCGGCCUCGCGACGCUGACGAAAUUCACGCUCGGCGCGACGCUGUCGAAAGCGGAGCAGUGCUCGGACUGGUCCAGGCGGCCUCUGACGGCCGCGCAGCUGUCGUACGCCGCCGCGGACGCGUUCUACCUCUGCGUCAUCUUCGACAAGUGCGUGUUCAAGUCGAACGGGAAGGUCUUGACGCGGCUCGAGGAGAUCGUCCUCCUCGGGGACCCGCGAGAGAAAGGGAAACAUCUCCCGCGGAAGGCGAAAAAGGCGUUCAAGAAGCAAGCCGAGCUCGCGCGGCGGCUGCAGCAACAGGUCGAGCGCGCGGGUGGCAAGGUCCUGGGGCACGCGCAGCGCGAGGCGGACGCGAGAGACGUGAUCGUCGACGUCCCGGCGACGCUGUCCUCCGUCGGAAAAACCGUCGACGGCGGCAGACGCGGCGCCGCGCGUUUGCUCGGCGGCGGCAAAGACGUCCGCGCGAGCAAAGGCGCCGCGCGCGGCGCCGCCGUCGAGCGAUGGGCGAACGCCGCGGUUCUGUACCUCAGCGUGGGCGACCCGAAGAAAGGCACCGCGGGCGGGAAGGGAGGGGCGUUUUGGGAAGAGGACGGCGACGUGUUGUUGAAGCCGUCGGACGCGUGCUUCGCCGGCGCCGCGGAGGCGGACGUCCGCGUCUUCUCCGCCGCGUCGAGCGAUCGAAUCGGAUCCGUCGCGGAGGUCGCCGCGCCGCCGCCGGAGGAGGAGGACGUCGGCGCGUGCCCGCUGCCGGAGGAGGAGGAGGAGGGGGAGGGGGAGGGGGGCGACGGCGGCUGCGGCGGCGAGGCCGAGGCCGAGGCCGAGGCCGAGGCCGAGGCCUCCGGGGACGGGAAGAGACCCGCCGACGCGGCGCUGCUGUUCAUGCGUCGGCCGCCCGGGCCGUUCGCGUAUUGCGGGCGUCUCGAAGCCGUGGAAGGGAGUGGAAACGGUGACGAAAUCGGCGGCGGCGUCGGGACGCUGCGCGUCGUGGACGGCGGCGCGCUGAGGAGCAGCCCGCUGUUUCAUCAGCUCAUCGGGUGCAGGCUCCUUCCUCGCGCGCCGGAGUGA